UCUCGGCAUAGUUACACCAUCUGAAGUCCCGCCCAUUCCCCCACCCAUUGUUACAACUGGGAAUCCUAUUGGUUUUGAGGUUUUGGCUAACAUGUUAUAUUAGGUAUGUGAUUGGCUGCCAGAGUUGACAGUUUGUCAAUAGUCACGCCCCAUUCUGUCGUCAUGCCCACUUUGAUGCUAUUCCUGAAAAUCAAUACGCUGAUUUUCAGCCGUAGUGAUACAUUUGUGAAUGGAGCCUGCGUCACCAUCUUUCACUCCCAACGCUUUUUGAGUAAACUUAAGUUUUUGGCUGUCCUGACCACGCUCCUCUCUUCUUGUCACGCUGUGAGUGUGUGAAGGAGACACCAGCAUCUUACUACGCGGACUUUCAAGACUAAAAAGAUGUCAGCUCAAAUCAUAAGCGGGAAAGAGGUUUCAGCGCAGGUGAGGGAGCGUCUGAAGAAGGAUGUGGAGCAGAUGAAGCUUCAGGACCCAAACUUCAGACCCGGUCUAGUGGUUUUACAGGUUGGGGACCGCGAUGAUUCAAAUCUGUACAUCAGCAUGAAGCUGAAGGCCGCAGCAGAGAUCGGAAUAAAUGCCACACAUAAGAGACUUCCCAAGACUGCAACGGAGGAGGAGGUUCUUCACUGCAUCACAGAGGUGAAUGAGAACUCGUCUGUCCACGGCCUCAUCGUGCAGCUGCCCUUAGAAUCAAUCCACAAGAUCAACACAGAGAAGGUCACCAACGCCGUGGCCCCGGAGAAGGAUGUAGACGGACUGACCAGCAUCAAUGCAGGGAAGCUGUCCCGAGGGGAUUUGGGCGACUGCUUCAUCCCCUGCACACCAAACGGCUGCAUGGAGUUAAUCAGACAGACGGGUGUGUCUGUCGCAGGGAAGAGAGCGGUAGUGAUUGGUCGUAGUAAGAUUGUGGGCGCACCGAUGCACGACCUGCUGCUGUGGAACCACGCCACCGUCACCACCUGCCACUCCAGAACCGCUGAUCUCCCUGGAGAGGUGGGCAGAGCAGACAUCCUGGUUGUCGGCAUCGGGAAAGCAGAGAUGGUGAAAGGAGAGUGGAUUAAGAAAGGAGCUGUGGUCAUCGACUGUGGCAUCAACCACAUUCCAGACGAGACUAAAGCCAGCGGGAAGCGGGUGGUGGGUGAUGUCCACUACGCCUCAGCCAAAGAGCAGGCCGGCUUCAUCACCCCUGUGCCCGGGGGUGUGGGACCCAUGACCGUGGCCAUGCUGAUGGCGAACACAGUGUUGAGUGCAAAGCGUUUCCUAGAGAGCCACCAACCAGGGAAGUGGAAUAUUUCUUUCCCCACACUCGACCUCCAGAAGCCCGUGCCAAGCGACAUUGUGAUUUCUCGCUCCUGCGUGCCCAAGCCCAUCGACUGCCUAGCGAGAGAGGUGGGCCUGCUGCCAGAUGAGGUGGAGCUCUAUGGCAAGACUAAGGCCAAGGUCCAGCUGAGUAUCAUCAAACGCCUGCAGGCCCAGCCAGACGGCAAAUAUGUGGUUGUCACUGGCAUUACACCCACCCCCCUGGGUGAAGGAAAGAGCACCACCACCAUCGGCCUGGUCCAGGCCCUGGGAGCCCACAUGAAGCUCAAUGUGGUUGCUUGUGUCCGACAGCCUUCUCAGGGUCCCACCUUUGGCAUCAAAGGUGGUGCUGCAGGAGGUGGAUAUUCUCAAGUCAUUCCAAUGGAAGAGUUCAACCUCCAUCUCACCGGCGACAUUCACGCCAUCACGGCCGCCAACAACUUAGUGGCUGCUGCCAUCGAUGCUCGCAUGUUCCACGAGGCUUCACAAUCUGACAAGGCUCUGUAUAACCGUCUGGUCCCGCUCAGUGGAGGACAGAGGAAGUUCUCCCCCAUCCAGAUCAACAGACUGAAAAAACUGGGCAUAGAAAAGACCGAUCCCUCCACUCUGACUGAAGAAGAGAUCACCCGCUUCGCCCGCCUGGACAUGGACCCGAGCUCUGUCACCUGGCACAGAGUGAUAGAUACCAAUGAUCGCUUCCUGAGGAAGAUCACCAUCGGACAGUCGCCAACUGAAAAAGGAUUCACGAGAGAGGCGCAGUUUGACAUCACUGUGGCCAGUGAGAUCAUGGCGGUGCUCGCCCUCACCAGCAGCUUGGAGGACAUGCGUCAGCGUCUGGCCAAGAUGGUCGUGGCAACCAGCCGCGGCGGACGGCCCGUCACCACCGAGGACCUGGGUGUGAGUGGUGCUCUAGCUGUGCUGAUGAAAGAUGCCAUCAAGCCAAACCUGAUGCAGACUUUGGAGGGAACACCUGUGUUCAUCCAUGCCGGCCCGUUUGCCAACAUCGCCCACGGCAACUCCUCCAUCCUGGCUGAUAAAAUAGCUUUGAAGCUGGUGGGACCCGAGGGCUUUGUGGUGACUGAGGCUGGCUUUGGUGCGGACAUUGGCAUGGAGAAGUUCUUCAAUAUCAAAUGUCGCUACUCGGGCCUGAGACCCCACGUGGUGGUGCUGGUGGCCACCGUCCGAGCCCUGAAAAUGCACGGAGGAGGACCAACAGUCACUGCUGGGAUGCCACUGCCUAAGGAAUACAUUGAGGAGAACCUUGAGCUGCUGGAGAAAGGCUGCAGCAACAUGAGGAAGCAGAUCGAGAAUGCACAGCACUUCGGCGUGCCAGUGGUGGUGGCUGUCAAUGCUUUCAAGACAGACACUGAGGAGGAGCUGGAGCUGGUCUGCAGCAUGGCCAAAGCAGCCGGAGCCUUCGACGCUGUGCGCUGCUCCCACUGGGCCGAAGGUGGAGCCGGUGCAGUGGCUCUGGGUCAGGCGGUCCAGAAGGCCUCUGACGCCUCGAGCAAAUUCAAGUUCCUCUAUGAUUUGGAGCUCCCUAUUACUGAUAAGAUUCGAAUAAUCGCCCAGAAGAUCUACGGAGCGGAUGAUAUCGAGCUUCUCCCAGAGGCUCAACACAAGGUGGAGCUCUACACCAAGCAGGGUUUCAGUAAUCUGCCGAUCUGCAUGGCAAAGACUCACCUGUCGCUCUCUCACGAGGCGGACAAGAAGGGCGUGCCCACAGGGUUCAUCCUGCCAAUCAGAGACAUCCGAGCCAGUGUGGGCUCUGGGUUUCUCAUCCCACUCGUUGGCACGAUGCCCACGAUCCCGGGUCUGCCCACCAGGCCGUGUUUCUAUGACAUUGACCUGGACCCUGAGACUGAACAGGUCAACGGGCUCUUCUGAAGCAGAUGUAAGGAAGGCAGUUGAGAUGCAGAUAACAAUCUCAUACUGAAGUUGAAAGGCUCGUGUUUUAAUAUCUUGCCCUUGUUGUUUCAUUCCCCCCCUGACUGUAUAGACACAGCGCCCCCACUGAGCCCCGAUAAAAUGUGAUUAACUACUAACUGAAAGUGCCUACAGCGCGUCUGCUGGAGCUGUUUUUGUUUGUUGUUUUGUCUUUGCCCAGAAGGCUGCCGAUGGCCAAAUCAAGAAACCUAAUUAAUCACAGAGCAGUGUAUCUCCUGCACGGUGGAAGUGUCCUGUUGACAAUUCUUUCAGUUACAUGUCUCACUGCACAUAAACAAGCCCCGCUUGUAUUUUCAGAUCCAACAACAAUGACAAUAAUAAGCCUCUUAAGGGCCAAUCUGGACUCUUGUAUUAAUCACUUGUGUAUAUUUUGUGUGCACUACACCUUGAGCAUCUCCUCCAGGCUGCUGUCUUUAAAAAUGGUGUGUGUGCCUCUGGGAUAAAAAUGUUUUUAUUUUUUAGCAAUCUUGUUACUGUCAACUUUUCUAUUUUGUCUGUCCGACACUCUAAUUGAGUGUUUCUAACACUGUCUAAUAUUGCUGGAGAAAUCAUAAUUUUGUAAAUCGGUGGUUUCCACUUUUCUGUCAGAAAAGAUCAAAUAAAGUGUCCUUGAUGGAAAGCCCA